AUGGACAUUGACAUUUUCAAGUACAAUAAGCAAGCAAGCAAGCAGCGCCUGAUUGAGUACCUGAAUGAUCAGACAGAAGAAGAUUUGGAGGAUGUGAUUACAAGAAAAUUAAACGACUACCACGCAGCACAUGACAUUGAUACAGUGUUAUUGCUUCGAGCCAUUCUUCAAGGAUCUCCCAUUGAGAGUGAUGAAAAUCAAAGCUUACAGCGUCGAUUCUUGGUGGUCAAAUGUGUGAUCCAAUGGCUUAGCAAAGAGGAGAAGCAUGUACCUGAGAAAUCAAAGCAAGCAUCUUCUGUAGUGAAUUUGAUCUUGCCUCAAAUUGAAAUGUUUCCCACCGAACUGCUCAGAAUAGCUGGAAAACUAGUGACAGAUAUCAUCAACGAAGAGAGACCUAUUCAACUACGAUUAUUAGACGUCUUAUCCAAGAUCUGGAAUGUAUUGGUUGCCGCAGAUCAAGUGGAUGAAGCCGAUGACAUUUUUCAAAAUUUAAUGCAGGCAAAAUGGCAUCAUCAACUGGUGGUUGGAAUGGCUUCUACUCUGAAUGAUAUUGAAUUGACAAAUAAGCAAUUAGAAACAGCACUGACUUGCAUGAUAAAGAAACUAGCGGAUAUCGAAAUGGAAGAGGUACCUCCUUACACAUGGCAGUUGUUAUUGAUCUCUCGAAAGGGGUUCAAAAAGCUGGUUCUGACGGGUAUCCUCAACUUUUUUAAUCAAACAACGAAAGAAAAUCUCAGUCGAGUGGAGGGCACUGUUAUGCUCCACAUUUCAUUCGCAUUGAAGCAAGAUCAAGAAUUAGGCACUGAGCUGGUGAAAAUGAUCAAGAGCGAUAAGGCCAAUCAGCUGGAGCUGUUCAAUGUUGCUUGUUUGCUGACAGCAGCUAGAAUACAUCGGCUCCAGGAUUCGAUUUUCGACCUCUUUAAAGCAUCGAUUGUAUCCAUCUACAAGGACAGUGACAGACUCGAUAAAUGCUACUGGAUAUCCGAGUUUUCUCCAUUGGAUGCCGCCGAAUAUGGCCAAGUGUUCCUCGAUGUGGUGGAGACAUCAGCCACGGCGGGUUGGGACCAGGUGAUUCAAAGUUUAACGCAGCUAGCUAUGAUCUUCAUUGAUACUGCUGCUAAUGCAAAUGCCUUUUUUGCUGUUGCUGCAAGCACAAAUGGCAUCAAAACGAGAAGCAGUGGUACAAAAGAGGAUGGACCUAUGGAAAGAGUAGCGGAUCUGGGUGUAGACAUUCUGUUAAGGCUCUUCAAGUACCAUGAUGUUGUUCGAAGUGAAAUUUUGGAGCAAAUUACAUCGCGUAUUGUAUCCAGAUCAGCCAGUGUCAUGGACUUUCUCAAGCUGCUGGCAUGCAUUAUUAGAGAGUACCCUGAAUCUGUGGAGAAAUACAUGGGCAAUAUCAAAGACACACUGGAUAUUCUAUCCUUCUUGCCGCUCUCUACUGCUGAACGUUUACUGCACGCAAUUCAGCCCCUAUCAAAAACAAAUGAUCAAUUUAGAGAUGGCUUGAUUUUGAUUCUUCGAAAGAGUUUGUUUGCAAAAGAUUUGGAUGGCCGUGAAAUGGCGGUGAGAGGCUUCUUGAACAUCUUGAAGGAGCAAUUGACUGAAAUUGAAGAGAAUGGAGGCUCUGCACAAGCACUAGCUGCACAAGGAGUGGCCUUUGAGAUUCUAGGUCUUUUGAGAAGAUGCUUCAGUCAACAAUGCGAGAUCAGAACAUGCGUCUACAAUGGCCUUGGCUCUCUUUGCCAAGAAUUUCCGGCCUUUGCUGGAGACAUUUUUGAUCUACUCAACACACAGUUUCUGAGAACCUUUGAAAGGGAUUCCACGAUACUCAACCCCAUCAAAUUAGAAAUCUGUGUCGAAAACGCAACCAACGGUGGCUAUCCCAAGAUUGCUGAACCUAUUCAUAUACUUUUAUCUAAUCUAGUGAAAUCGCUUCGCGUGGCAGCUACCGUGGAUGUCACAUCUGUUACUGCCGAGACCAUGUCGAAAUGUCGAGACACGUUACUGUCGUUUAUCAAUCGAUUGUCCAAAGCAAGUUUAGAAGACUUUGGGCUUGACAAGACAGCAAGCUUUGAUAUGGCCACGCACGUUGGUUUGAGAAACAAUCAGUAUGCUACUUUGCUUUUAGGUGUCUAUGAAGUCUCUUUGGAGCAUGUCUUUCUUACCAACGAUAUCACGGUACAAUCAAGCGAGGUCCUAUUGACAUUGUUCAAAAAACGCAUGGGGCUUGUUGGCAUACUCAAGGAGGCAUCAACAACGGAAAAGGGAAGAAAAUUGACCCACGCCAACCACACUUCAUGUGUCGGUCUGGAAUUCACUAGUAAGAUGUUCCAAUCCAUCUUUUCUACCAAGGACACCAAGGACGAGAAUGAGGGCUCCAAACGCGAUAUCCGCUCCAAUCUUGACUUUGCCAACUUUUUAGUAUCAAGCACUUACGAGAGUUUAAAGCAGGCAGUGGAUGAUAUAUACUGUCAGCAGGAUGACGAGUACUUUAAAUACUGUGUCAUUGUUUGCAAAAUCUAUAUGUCUAUCCUUGAGAAAGAGGAUUCCAAUAGCACGUAUGCUAAUCAGCAAUCCACAAAAAAGCAACCGUCUGUACUGGGAGCCAUUGCUGCAUCGCUUCUCAAAGUGUUUAUACUUGUCAGCCAUGUUUGGCCUGACCGUCUUGUGCAGUUACUGAAUGCAUUGACUGAAGAAUACCAAGAAGAAGAGGACGAACAAGUAGAAGAGGAAGAGGAAGAAGGUCGAGCACCCUCUCGAGUCAACAGAUCCACCAACUUUAUUAUUCUAGAGCUGAUCCUCGACAUCAAGCGCAUUGUCAGCAAGUAUUUGACCGGUCCAACGCCAAUUUACAAGGAGGCCAUCCAAAUCAUGCAAGUGGCUGCCUUUCUGUGCAAAAAGCUAGAAAAGAAGGAUAAGGAUUAUUUGGUGCGAACAAGACAUAUUGUGUCCUGGUUGAAUGAUCUGACACAAAUGGAAUUCAUUGAAGAUGUGUCCUUAGCCAGAGAUGUUAUAGCGCUAUUCUUGAGAUUGUGCUCUAACGUCGGUGAGUUUGAUGUGAUUCAAAAGAUCUGUGAAGAUGUGCAUUUGAUGUCGGGUGAUUUGGAGGUGGCAACGCACGAAAGCAGUGAGAUGGACACAUCUGUUACAUAUCAAAUCAUCAAUACCAAAACGGUGACAAUUGCUACAUCUAAGCUAUUUGAAUUCAUUGAUGCGUCGUAUGAUGAUUUGACUUGGGGCAUUGGACGACUCAAACUGUGUGGUAAGUUUGCACAAAUGGAUAGUGAUCAUCUAGUUUCUUACAUGGUUGGAGUAGCUGCCGAUCUCGACGCAAUAGACAACAUGCGAGAGUUUGAGAUCAAGAUCUGCAAGCGUUUGACAUCGCUUCAGUUCAUUCUUAGCGAAUUGGUCAAAUCAAAUCUCCAAGAUAUACAUGCUGAAAGCUUGUUCAAGACCUUGGCCAAAGCUUACAAGACGCUUCAUACACUUGUUAAAUAUAAAAUUGCUUAUCCCACAGACAUCUCGGAGGACUUUAUCAACGUGAUCAGUAAAUCAGGCACAGAAAUCACAGAUAAAAUGUACAAAUUUCUGACAGUCUACGGCCAGCAACAACAAUCACAAACACAUCAAGCAUCACGCAGCAAGAAAAAGGGUAAAAAGAAGGAAGUGAAUCAAAAGCAGAAACUCAAGAUCCAACGAGAGUCGAAAAUGAUUCCCAACCUGAUCUUUGCUGUCGAGCAAUUUGAACGCUAUCUGAUCCAAUUGAGCCGAAAGUCCAAAUUUGAUUUCAUGCAAUACAUGAAGCGUAGUACGUCAAGGGAUUUCAGAAUUCAACUCAACUUGGCACAGCAAGCGUCAAGUUCGGAUGAAGAGGACGACGAGGAUGAAGACAAUGGCAAAAAGAGACUAGCAGCAUCAAGUUCUCGUGGUGCGUCUUCUUCAAAGAGAGCUCGUGCAAACUAA